AUGGACGACCAGCGCCCCAACGUCGAGAUCCUCGUUCACGUCGCCGCACCGAGCAGGUCCGUCGACGACAUCGCCUAUCGGCAACUGGCCCUGGCAUACCUCGCCUUCCAGCCCGAAACGGCCGUCAAGCUGCCAGAGGCGCAGGUAGCAGACCCCCUCAUUGAGGAUGGAGAAGGCAUGCAUUGCGUUGGGCGGCGGCUGUGUGCGCCCUCAUCCGGACAAGAGUUUGCGACCGCUCUGCAGGAACACGCAUUCGGGCCCGACUCUCAGGACCUCAGCUUUCAGAGUGCCUGGGACAACUGCUCAUCCCCUCCGCUGCAACCAGCCAAUCUAGGGUCGUCCUCGGGGACCAACGUCCCGACAUCUCCUGGCGCCGAUACGACGUUGCCCGAAUUGCUGCCGAGUCAAAUCAGCGAUUCCUAUCCACUGCCCGACUCGGGUGUCCUCAAAAUCACGCCUACGAGAAUCCUUCAACGUUAUCUCCGAAACUCUCGGACGUUUGUCAACACGUCCCCGUCCCCGCGUCAGCCGGCGCAAGCAGACAAUGCGGAGCCAGAGCUGGCCGAGGUACCGUCGUCGCUUCCGAUCCCGACGCCCGAUCCCGACAUUGAAGUGUCCGAUGCGAAGCAGAUCGUUUUCGAUACGCCGGCUGCGCCUACUCUAAAGGCGCGGAUACGGAAACGAAAGGAGCUGGCCGAGGUUGAAGAUGCAUCCGCCUUUGACAUGACACAUGUUUCGAACAGCCCUACGAGCACUCCGGCCAUCUCAUCGUACAGAGAGGGGUCCGACCCGUUGCCAUUGUCGAGGUCCUGCGCAACAGCCACUGACAGAAUCGGUUCCGCCCAUUUUCCUCGCAGCUCGAGCGUCAUCGGCCCGGCGCGGGCUUCACAGGCUUCAGACAACUCGGACCUCGAGACGUUCGCUGACGGGAUGGAAAUCGUACCUCCCUCGCCACCUGUUGGCGUCACGGCCGUUCAGCCCUCCGACCUCAUCUCCAACGAGCUUGCCAAGCUCGCCCACGACCUCUCCUCGCGCUUUCGGCCGGUUGAGAGACGGCCGGUCGAGCCCCUCGAGCGCGGAUAUUGGCUCCUCGACACGUCGCACUGGACGACGGCCAAACGCGCCGGUUUGUGGAGGUUCCUCACAAACUAUAUCCACAGCGGCCUCGCCGGAUGGGGCGUCUGGUGCCGCCGCGACAGGGCCCACGAUCGCGUUCGUCUCUACUGCUGGGGCUGCGUUGCGAAGCACACCUACCUGCUGCUCUACCUCGCGAGCGAGCGUCAGGUCAAGACCACCGGUGCGAGCUGGUUCGGCGCCGAGGGGGACGCCGCCUUGGAGGUGCCACCCAGCGGGGAACGUGCUCACACCUGA